UCAGAAACUUCAUUUAACGGAACUACGCGAACUUUUGCUUCUUUUCUCAGAUGUAGAAAUAUUUGUAGUAGCCUCACCUGCUAUUUUCUAAUUUAAUUAAUCAAUUUUUAACUCAUAUUAAAUAAUUUAAGAUCUGAAUAUGUAGAGCUGAAUCUUGUUAGAAAAGUUUGAACGUUUCCUUGAAUAUUUUUCAAUAUGUCUCUGUCUUUAAGUUAUAUGACAAUUCAUAAAAACAGUGACAAAAAACCUCUCGUUCCUGUUGUGAAUCUUCGAAAUACUCACAUAGCGGCAGUGUCAGCUUUCUUGUAUAUAGUAGUCUUAGGCAUGUCAACAGCUUAUUCGGCUCCCGCAACUGUAGAUAUGAAGAGACCUGGAAGUAGAUUUAUGGAUAUUACUGCAGAAGAAAUCUCCUGGAUUGCUAGUUUACCAGGUUUAUCUGGAGCGCUUGGAAAUUUCGUAUCUGGUUUUGCUUCUCAGAAGUUAGGACGGAGAGCAGUUUUUAUGUAUGUAUCUACAACGUAUGUCACCAGCUGGUUGAUGGUAGCCUAUGCUUCAUCAAUGACAUGGAUUUAUGUGGGUCGUUUUCUUACUGGCAUUUGUGCUGGUAUCUGCGCUGUUGCUGCUCCUGCAUACGUUGUUGAAAUCUCAACGACAGAAAUAAGAGGACUUUUAACAUCAGGAUUUCAAAUAGCCUUCUCCUUCGGAGUUUUCCUUGUGAUGGCCUUGGGUAUUGUCCUGAGAUGGUCCUGGCUGGCCAUAUCAGCUGCUGUUAUCGCUGUAUGUGCAGGGUACCUUAUGUAUAUGAUGCCAGAAUCUCCGCCUUGGUUAAUUCGCGAGUCUAAGAACAAAGAAGCCUUGAAAGGCUUGAAGUUCCUUAAGGGAAAGUACUGUGAUAUUGAUAAAGAAUUUCGUGAGAUUUCUGACAACAUGGCACAGCAACCUGCGGAUGGCAUACAUGUACGAGAUAUCUUAGACCCAACCUUGUACAAACCUUUAAUAAUUGCCGUAUCAUUAAUGUUUUUUCAGCAGUUAUCUGGCAUUAAUUCCCUAAUGGCUUAUGUUGUAGAUAUCUUCGAAAGCGGUCAACGUUUUAUGGAUCCUCACGUGGCUGCCACAUGUGUCGCAGCUGUGCAAGUUACAGGUACAGCUAUUAGUGGUUUGCUUAUGGAUAAAGCAGGACGCAAGGUAUUAUUCACAAUAUCAGGCAGUUUUAUGACUUUGGCACUAAUAGUGUUGGGUCUUCAUAAUCUCUUAUCUACCCGAUUGGUAAUGGACAUGACUUUUUAUGGUUGGGUGCCACUGGUAAGUUUUGUUAUAUAUAUGUUAGCUUUUUCGAUUGGUUAUGGUCCUAUACCUUUCGUAAUAACACCUGAAAUAGUGCCUAUUCAUAGUCGAAGCACAGUUCUAGCUGUUGCUAGCGUCUCCUCAUCUUUGUUUUCUUUUGCAACAACAAAAUUAUUCGAUGAUAUGCGAACUGCUUUAGGCACUUACGGAUUAUACUGGACUUACGCAUUUUUUGCUCUUUUGGGCUGCUUGUUUUGUUGUUUUUUCAUACCCGAGACAAAAGGAAAGACAAUACACGAAAUAAACCAAAGUUUCUCAUCAAAUAAUAAUGAUUCAUUGUAGAAUAACAGAAAAUUGUGAAUAUCAGCUACAGCAAAUGUUUUACCCUGAGAUAUAUUUUUAUGUUUGCAGGGCAUGUAUAUUAAGAGUCUUGUACAGCAAUAAAAUCAUGAAAAAUUUGUGUCUCCUUUAA